GGGCCCGCGUGACGCCGCGUCGACGUCGUUCAAGGCCCCCCGCGGGAUUGGCUGCGACCGCGGCUGAUUGGCGUCGUGCGCUCCUCCCAGCAGCGGCGCCGCGGGAGUCACUGCAGCAGUCUCGUCGACGGCGAGGAUUAUUUUUCUCGUGCUACGCCACAACCGAAAUCCGCAUCGAUUUUUGCAGCUUCGUUUUUGUGUGUUGUUUUCUGGUCUUGGCCGCUCUUCAUCCUCCGCCAGCGUCAUCUGCUUGCAUCGAUCGAGUCAAAGCGUGGUGGUGCUCGGUCCAAGAGAAAACCCGGAAGGAGCAGUUGCGCACUUUUGGCGAUAACUCCGUUGGCCGUCCGCCCGCGCGCUGUUCGGACGGCCAGGAUGCCAGCGGUCGUCCACGGACCGGGAUUCAAUACUCGUCGCCGACGUUAAAUAUGGCGCCGCGGGGCUGCCCCUGCUGUCACGUCGUGGUCCUGCCUCUCCGGCCUGCAGCCCAUGGUCGGACUUCCGCCAACCUGUAGCCUCCCCCAGCUCUCACGGGACUGCAUGCCUCUGGAUGAAUUUCAUCCAUUUAUUGAGGCUCUCCUGCCUCACGUCAAAGCCUUCUCCUACACGUGGUUCAACCUACAGGCUGCAAAGAGGAAGUACUUCAAGAAGCACGAGAAGCGCAUGACACUUGAUGAGGAACGUCGCUGCAAAGAAGAACUGCAGAAUGAGCGUCCAGAAGUCAAACAAAAAUGGGCAUCACGGCUGCUGGGGAAGCUGCGGAAAGACAUCACGCAGGAAUGUCGGGAGGACUUUGUGCUGGGCAUUACGGGUAAGAAGCGGGCCACCUGCGUCCUCAGCAAUCCAGACCAGAAGGGCAAGAUGCGACGCAUCGACUGCCUCAGGCAAGCGGACAAGGUCUGGAGGCUCGACCUGGUCAUGGUGAUCCUGUUCAAGGCCAUCCCGCUAGAGAGCACGGAUGGCGAACGACUCGAAAAGUCCCCCGACUGCCAUCAUCCCAACCUGUGUGUCAACCCCUACCACAUCAACGUCUCCGUCCGAGAGCUCGACCUAUAUCUUGCCAACUUCAUUCUUGGCCACGAUGCCUUAAGUGGACUUCGAGAAGCCCUCUGUGACAGCGAGAAGGAAGACGAACCAGGGGAGCCCAACAGCAUCCUGGCCACCGGGGUGUUCACGUCGGCCGAGCUGUACCGGCUCUCCAAAGGUGAGGCAGCCUUGCGGGAGCCGCCUCGCGACUUUCUGGACCGACCGGAGAGGCGAGGGUCGGUACUCCAAGGCGGCACCAACGGGAGCUCUGCCUUGCACGCUGUCAAGCUCGAACCGCCCUCUCCCUACUACAGCGGGGGAUACUCGGUGGCAGACGACACUGCGCCCGAGUCGCUCAGUUCCCUGGCCCGAAAUUCUCCCGAACCUCGCGCAACCAAGCGGCUACGCAGGCACGGCCCUACGCAGCACGAGGAGGAGGAGGACGACGCGCAUCCCUUUUACCCCGUUGCACCAUGGGGUGACCACAUUGACCACGCAUGGGGGUCUCCCUGCACGGGUGUCAUUUUGUUUGCAGGACACCUGCAGUCGAGCAAGGUAAAGCUGGAAGGGACCCUGGCUCACCGUGGUGACCCUAAGCAGGGCCCCAUGCGCCACGACCCUCAGUUAUCCUCGGCCGCAGCAGUCCCCGGAAGUGCCCUUGGCCAACUGCCCUCUUCUGGCUCCUACUACGUGCACCCGGCCGCCGGGAAGUACCAGGAGAACGGCGACACCUUCUCGGACUUUGUCAACCUGGUGUGCCAGGAGGCCCACGGUGCAUCGGGCACGGGGGGAAGUCCCACCCCCGAAGCUGGGCCACCGCGUAGCCCCGCAAAACUGCCCCACUUCUACUCCAGCUCCAUGCUGCCUCCGCCCCCGCCAGCUCCGAUGGCGCGCCCUGUGGCCAUCAUCAGAUCGACAGGUCUUGGACCAGGUGGCGGUGCAAGCCCACCGGUCAGCCACACCCCAGAAGCAUCCCGGGAAGAAAAAGAUCCCGAAGGUGACGCCUCGGAGGACUGGCGGGACGCCAGGAGUGCAGUGGGAAAUGUGGGCGGCACGCAACAGCGGAGUUCAGCCCCCCCAGCCACUUGCUCAACAGCCAAUGAGCUGCCUGUUCGGUCGGUGUCCAGCCCUUUCAUGAGCAGGGCUUCCGACCACUCUUUCACUCACAUUCAGGGACAGCUGUUCUCAUACCCUAGUGUGAGUCCCGUCAGCGGGGUGAUGAGCCCAACCCAGCUUCUAGCGUCACCCGUGACUACGCCCCGAACAACGCCCCGCACGACGCCUGUGCCCCGAUGGAACCCUCCUCCACCUUUCAUCUCCCUCGACGAGAACAUGGACUACAACAUGAUGGCGGGACUCAUGCCAGCCACCACUGCUGGGAGUGCAGACACCAACGCCUCCUCAGAUUCCCCGCACCUGGUACCGGGACCCCAAGACGGUGAGGUUCCUGGCCUACGGGACUACUAACGGGGAGCCGAACGGUUCUUCUCUGUGGUGCACCCCGGCAGUGGCGGUGAGGCAGGCGACGCCAGCCCUAGUGGCAAGGCAUCUUGAGUGGAGGCCGCAGACUACGCUCCAUUUUGGAGCACCCACUUUUAUACAGCCUUCAUUCUAGACAGAGAUAUAUAUAUAUAUACACAUAUAUAUAUACACACACAGAUCUAUAUUCAUCGUAGCCUCUUUUAGAAGUUGCCAGAGUCACAACGUACUAUAAGACGUGUCCUACGCUCCAUCUAUGCAAAGGGCAUGGUGGCGGCGUCAUUCGCCCCCGCAAGUACAACGCGCCCUGUACAUAGUAAUGGGCUCACCCGGUGCUUGGCUUUGCGUAGCCUUUCGUUUGUUCGCGUUGUCACCCGUGUAUAUAAGGCAAUAUGUACAGCAGAGUGACUAAUAUAUUCUUAGUAAGAGUGUGUUUUUUGUUAAGUUUGCAGCCCCCGAGAGGAGGUCUCUCUCUCUCUUCGGAAGGAAGUCCGAGGGAUUCUGCGUUUCGUGGGACUAACCUUUGACAGAUAAUUUCCGCAAUUACGAACGCAGGCUCUUUGAUGCGCGAGCGGUUGACCCAGUACAAAGCGUUUUUCUGCCCCAUCUUGUUUUCAGCAAGCCUGGGCUAUAUUCGUUGAAAGCUGUGAGCGAGGAAAUUCCUCGUUUUAAUCCUUUUACGACGGAGUAGUUUAUUUCUUCGCCGCGGAGUUCUCCAUUCCCGUAUGUUUACUUCAUGCACGAUGUUGAUUUUAUAUAGUCUCGUUUUAAAUGUACAAUCAUUAUUAUAGCGGCGUUAUUUCUGAUGGACGUACAGCCACAGUGCAGUCCACUAACUCACACUAUCACACACGCAGCAUUGUCUUGUGGUGCAAUUACACGAACGUGCGAGUUACUACAUAAUUUAUUUUUGCUCGGGGUGCUUCAUAAAAUUUUCUCCUCGUUGAUCUCUUCUUCGCCAUCCCUCUAAUUUGUGCCAUUCACGACUGCCCUCUAUGAAAUAUUGUGACGAAAGGUCCUAGUAACGUCGGACACCAACAACGAGGCAUUUCUUGCCACGAAACACGUCCCCAAAUUUUCCCACGCAACGCAGAGUCCCGCGGUCUCUUCUCCCGAGACGAGAGUCCCCCACCUCGAAGGAAAGAAAAAAAGAGUAAAAUCUGCGGCAGCUCGCCGUCCGGUAGGGAGAGCCCAAGUGCCUCGUCUUUUUUAUAGAGCCGGCUUGCCUCUCGUUUCGCAGCCAAUACGUAGUAGGCGGCCGCCCUUUUUCUUGGCGCGUUUUCCGUUGUCGGCCUGCGUGCGUGCUGCAAGGUUUUUUACAUAAAGUGCCACAUUUUGCCUUACUGUAGAAAGCAAUGCUCAUAUGAUCAAAAAAAAAAAAAAAGAAAGGAGCGCGGCUCGUUGGCGCGACACAUGCAACACACUCCAGAGUACAAAGGGUGCUCACUUGCGAAUAUCCCUCGAGGGAGCUUCUCCCACUCGUGCCAAGAAACCUCCCGGCGGAGACGUCGAGGAUGCUCUUUGUUGCCGCUUUUGGAUUGUUUCACCCGGUAGCUGCUGCUGCUUGUUUGCACGUUUAGCAGGAGGCCGGGUGUGCGACACCGGUGUCGUGGGCAAGUGCAAUUUCCCUUGCACCCGCCAAAACUUGGAUGACUGUACAUAAAAGGGUUAGAUAGGGGUCGAGCCUCGCAAGCGUGUGUGUCUAAGCUGCCAUCCCCCUUUUGUUGUUGCUUGUACAUAAUGUAUGCAUACAAGACAUUGUUUCUGCUACUUAGAGAGAGCGUCAAGUGCGCAUGGGCCUUUUUCUCUCGCUUUUUUUUUUUCUCUUUCUUUCUUUGCGUCUCGCAGAAAUUGCUCACGGAACCGAUCAAGCCCGUCUUCUGCACAAAAAACAGAUUUGUGCUUCUUGUGCCAAUCGGACUGGCGCUUGGCCGAACUCGUUCGGCUGGAUUAGGUGCCUUUGCUGUUUCUCGGAAAGGGGGGGGGCGUACGCCGUGCCGGCAGACGUCCGAUUGCGUUGUUUUUUGUGGAGGUUCAUUGGCUCCGUCGUAAAACGAAGAACGAUAUAUGCAAGGUGAAGUGAGGGUAUGUGUUGCACGGCAAAGAUGCAUCUGCUUCGCUGUUCAUUUUAUGAGUAAUGGGACUUUGGGAUGUGCAUCCGGCCAGUCUGGCCGCGGAAGGUUCUAGUCAAGCAAUCUCUGGGUACAAAAAGAGAGAGUGUGUGUGCGUAUCGUGGAGCAGAGAGCAAUAAGCCGGGCGAGGGGUGCGCCGUCCCUGCUGCCAAGUGGCGGGGGAGAUGUGCCCAGCAGUUUCUCGUAGUUGUCUACUGCGAGCCAUUUUUCUUAUUAAUGCAGAGUCCGUCUCGGCCCAUUUUGUACCUGUUACUUCUGAGAUAGCUAAUAAAUGACUGCAUCUCUG